GUGGCGGGGCGGGUGGCCAGGUGUUGCUCUGGCCGCUCCUGGAGCAGGUUGCGCUUCAGUUGGUGGCCGCGAGGGGGGGCUCUCUGGCAGACGGGGCGAGCUACGCCGCUCCGGCCUUCGCGGCGUCUCUGGUCGUGGCCGCGGCCUGCGCCGCCGUCUACCUCGCUCUGGGCGCUGUCGGGCCGCCAGGCGAUCAGCAGGAGGCCCAGCCGGGCGCGGCCGCUGCAGGAUCGGCCUCCGGCCUUCGCCUGGGCUCUCGGCAGUCGCUGCCCGCCGCGGUGGCGGCGUCCCUGAGGUCCCUCCGCGGCGCGCCGGGCCGCUCGGCGCUCGAGCCCGCACCCUCGCUGGCUGCCUCCCAGCAGAGCGCCGCAGGCCUCCCAGCGCGUGGGCCCGGGGACGCCGCGCGCCCGCGGCCCCGCGCGGCGGCGGCCUCCCCGAGCCCCUCCCCGGUGCGCGAGGGCCUCGCCGCGCCGGCCUCCCCGCGCGCCGGGGCCGCCGCCCGCGGAGGCGCGCUCGGCUUCGCCCGCGGCUGGCGCCUCGGGGGCGCGCCCCUCGGGGGCGCGGCCCGCGGCCCGCCCGCGGCGCCCUCCCGGGCGCCGCCGCGGGCGGCGGCGGCCUCGCCCUCCGCCAGCCCGCGCCGCGGUGGCGCCCUCGGCGGCAGCGCGGGCCCGGAGGCUCCGCGCGUCUCGUCGCCCCGCGCGGCGCUGUGGCCGGCCCUGCUCGCCCCGGGCCGCGGAGGGUAUUUGUACGUCGCCGCCCGGGAUGUGGCGGCCGCUGCCGGCGGCGGCGGCUUCUCUGUCAUCGGGCCGCUGGGCCAGGAGCUGCUCCGCGCGUGCGUGGAGCGGGAGGGCGGCGCAACCAGGCUGAGCCUCUCCCCGGUGCGCCUGGGCACAGCCCCGGCCGUGGUCCGCCCGUCGCCGCAGCGGGGCCCAGGGAGUCGGGACGGCUCCGCCGGCCCGACCGGGACCCAUGCGGAGCUGGACAUAGUCGGGCCCGACGGGAAGCGCUUCGGCACGCUGGCGAAGCUGCGGGACGGGGCCGGCCCGCACAUCGUGCGGAGGUCGGGCGAGGACCUCCCGGCGGUGGUUGUCAGCGGGGAGCCCAGCGAGCUGCGUCUCACGGCCACAGCGGGCGAUGGGGGCCUCAUGGCCUCGACGGCGCGGGUGCGCGGCUGGGGCGGUCGGCCCGAGCAGGUGGAGGUCAAGGCUCAGCCGGGCGUCGACACCGGCCUGAUGCUGGCGUGCGUGCUCUCGAUCAUCCUGCCCCUGUGA